AAUAAAUAGGACACAAUGUCCCCUGGUGGCAGGACAUGAAAUGUGAAGUGCUCCUCUUCCUUGGGAGAUGUGUGUCCCAGCCCCCUGUUACACAACACAUCUUUGAGGGGGCAACUUGCAGCAGCCUCCCUGACAUCAGUGUGCUGUGUGGUGGUCUGCUAUCUUCAGCCAUGUCUGCACAGUUGCUGGUCGUUCUGCUAGCCUUCACCGCGCUGUGUGCUGCAUCGUCUGAACCUGACUGCAAAGAUCUGGUGAAACCUCUGCUUCUGGAUGACCACAGCCCCGUCUUCGGGAAAUGGGUCCUCCAUGUGGGCUCAUGGGACGAGCCGGGCCUGAAGAGCGACCUGGUAGUAGUGAAUACCUCGUGGAUAGAACUGUCUCCAUCCUCACAGACCGGGGUCAUCUCCCUCUACUGGGCUGACCGCCUGACUGAUGAUAAAUGUCUUCAGGGAUCAGCUGAUGUUACCGUCACGGGAAUGACCAGUCAUGCCACCUUCAACAUCAACAACCACACUUCCUAUCAUGAGGGCAAAUACUACGAGACCUGCGCCGACUGCCUCUUUUCCGAGGACACCACCCUCCUGCCGGACGGCAAAUCUUUGGGCCGUUACCUUUUCCUCUUUACCCGAACUGGUCAACUAGAGCCAUCCGAGUUGGAGACCUUCAAGAAGCAGGCGGCCUGUCUUAAUUUCCCUGCUGAGUACUACUUCAUGGGCACAAAUCUGUGCCCCGACAGCAGGAAGACUGAGCCUCCCGCCUCUACAAACUAGAACGGGAAACAUCCACACGCAGACAAACAUGCCAUACUAACAUACUAAAUGUUCAAUUGUGAUCUUGUGCUAGGAAAUAACACUUAGAGCAAGUAAAAAUGGAAUCAUUGGAAGCUUUCAUGGCUGACACAUUCAUCUGUACAACAUUGGUACAAUCAUUUUAGGUAGAAAACAUUAGAUCUAAGUGAAUAUACAAAAUAAAACAUUAUUCACUCCU